UCAAGCCAAUCUGUAGUACUUUUGCUUCUAUAUUUUAUCUAUUUUAAUGAUCAAAGUUAUGCAUUUUGUAAUGGUAUAACUCCGCAUGUGACUAUCGUCUGUGAAUUGUGAUACUACCUCCGUUAACUAUUAUUUGCAACAAAUUCCUUUGUUGCAAAUAAUAGUUAACAGAGGUAGUAUAUCAUUAUACAUUUAUACUAUAGUGUAGGGUUCAUAGGAUAUGGAGUAUGUUCUAGUUUCUUAAUUGUCUAGUUUAUUCAUUUCAAUUAGUAUAUAUUUUUGAGGGGUUAGUUCAAAAUCACAAGAAACAGGGGUAUUCGGUGUUAAUUUAUGCAGUACUUACUUUAAAGUUGAUUGAUAAAAUUGUGUUGAUAUUUGUUAUGUAAUAAUAGUUGCAAUGAUGGUACUACAAAUUUUAUAGAAAGAGGGGUUUUGGACUUUUGGUGGUGGUGUUUGCAAUUGGUGGUGGGUUGUGUAAGGAUUUAGGAAAUGGAAAAAAAAAAAAAAAAACCAAAAAAAAAGAGGUGUUGGUGGUGGUAUCAAUUAAGGGGCGGUGGUGCUCGAAUUAAGGAAAAAAUUAGGGAAAGAUAAAAGAGAUAAGUAGAUAGGAGACUUAAGAUGGUGUUUGGAGACGGUUGGCGGGUCUCGAAGGGGAGGGGUGGCUAUGGUGUUUUAGGAUUUGAGAGGAGAAAAGGGAUAAUGAUUUAUGACAAAGAAAAACCUAAGGGAUAAGGAAUCAAGUAAUCAAGAAAUGACAAAGAAAAAUGUUAAACAAACAACCCCAAUGGGAAUAAAGUAUGUUAAUUCUCGUACCCACUACCUCAAUCUAACAGCCCCUUAAUGCGACUCGUAGAACUACUUGUAACCGGUGGCGGUGUAUAUAUUGAUUUGUGCCCUUUUCCUCUUUGUACUUCGCCUUUACCUUUGAAUGCUUGAUCCAUAAGGUCUUUGUUGAUGUUGUAUCCAAAAUUUGAUAAUUCUAUUUAUAAAUCAUUUUUAUCUUUAUUUUCUGUUUGAAAUUACAUCUCUUUGUAACCUUAGAUCUUCAAUUUGAUUUGUUCAACUUGUAAUAUCCUUGGAAUAAUGGAUGGUUUGGCUGAAAAAGUUGUUGAUGGGGUUAGUGAUUCUGGAGUUGUGGCUCUUGUAUCAGGGGAUGGCACUACUAAUUCUGAGGUUUCAGGUCCUGAACUGGAUGUCGUACCUGCUGGAAUUGAUAUUGAGGGUCUUGAUUCAGAAAGUGAGGUUCCCGUUCCUUCUAUUCUCGAAACCCAGAUUGACCUUGAAGGUCUUGACACUCCAGACCAUGAUGAUUGGGAAAGUAAUCUGGACAUACAGCUCAAUUCCCCCGACCUUCACUCUGUUUCUGAUGGGAGAGAUGGAAAUGAUCAGUUAGUUGAUGAUGAACCUAGCAAUCCGCCAGUGGAAGUCCAGCCUAUAGUUGUACUGCAAAUUUCUGUGGAUGAACUACGGGACGCUACAGAAAACUACAGCUCCAAUGCUUUAAUAGGGGAAGGCCCAUAUGGUAGCGUGUAUUAUGGUAAGCUUAAAAAUGGGCGUGCAGCAGCUAUAAAAAAACUGGAUGCUAGCAAACAACCAGAUGACGAAUUUUUAUCCCAGGUUUCUUUGGUUUCAAGGCUAAAACAUGAAAAUUUCAUUGAAUUGCUUGGUUACUGUGUUGAUGACAACCUACAUAUUCUUGCUUAUGAGUUUGCGUCCAAUGGAACUCUUCAUGACAUUCUUCACGGGAAGAAGGGUGUUGAAGGAGCACAACCUGGGCCUGUGUUGUCGUGGGCACAACGUGUUAAAAUUGCAGUAGGUGCUGCCAGGGGGCUUGAGUUUUUGCAUGCGAAGGCAGCUUCCCCCGUUUUUCAUCGUGAUAUUAAGUCUAGUAAUAUACUGCUCUUUGAUGAUGAUGUUGCUAAGAUUGGUGAUUUUGAUCUGUCACAUAAAGCUUUGGAUAUGGAAGCACAACUUCAUUCUUGUGGCUAUCAUGGACCAGAGUAUGAGAUGACAGGGCAGCUUAAUGGCAAAAGCGAUGUGUACAGUUUUGGUGUUGUCUUGCUUGAGCUUCUCAGUGGUCGGAAACCUGUUGAUUAUACCUUACCUCGUGGACAGCAAAGUCUGGUGACAUGGGCUAGACCCAAACUCAGUGAAGACAAAGUCGAGCAGUGUGUUGAUCCGAGACUCGAUGGAGAAUAUCGUGGCAGAGGUGUUGCCAAGAUGGCUGCAAUUGCUGAAUUGUGCUUAAAUCCUGAACCUGAUUUUCGGGUAAACAUGAGCAUUGUUGUCAUUGCACUCCAACCUUUGUUAAAUGCUGCGCCAUACAUAGCCAGCCAGACAUGUUAAGGUUUAUGUGCAGUUGGGUUGGGACAAAUGCCAGUCUUCCUUUUACUCUUUUUUUUUUUUUUUUUUUUUUUUUUUUUUGACCUCUGGAAAGAUGUGUAUUUGACUGUUUGAGUAGCAUGGGUCAACACUCAAAAGGCAACCUCAUCUUUGAGCUAUCUGUAAUUCUGUAAAGGGUUGUUUUGGGUUUGUUGUACUGUAUUGGUUAGACGGUUAUUUUUAUACAUGAGUGAUCGGGUCGCAGAGGACCCUUGGCGUGCAAGGGAAGUUACUAGGCGUAAUCCUAGUCUAAUCAGGGUAAGCCAUACCAUUUUAAUGUUUUUUCAGUAGUCCUACACUGUUUUACUAGUCCUUAAGGAUUGGAUUUUACGUGUAGGAAAAAAUAAGUAUAUUAUCAUAAGGAGUCCUAGUCUAAUUAGGUUAUACUAAGCGCCUUGGGAUGUGUAUUUGUGUUUGAUUGAGAUUAAUAAAUUAAAGUUUUGUAAUAAAAUCUACGAAAGUAGGUGAGAUGCUUAUUAGUCCAGCCUGGUGUAAUAAGUCAAUUGCUUAUUUAUUUA